AGAAAGACUAACACGUUUAAUUUCUGAUUCAAUUAUGUUAAACGAAAAUUUGGCAGUUGGUGCUGACAAAUGUGGAAAUAUAUUCGGUUUAUUAUAUAAUAAAGAUGAUCCAAGUAUUGAACCAUGUUUGGAACCAGUUUUUUCAUUUCAUGAAGCUGAAAUUGUUUCACGAUUACGUACUGGAUAUCUUGGUUAUCGAACAGAAACAACGAAUAAGCUCGCAGAAACAUCGUCGGAUCACAAUUCUGAAGCCAAAGAAGUGCUUGACGAUUUGGGAUGGGACAUGAACUAUGAUCUUACGCAUCCAGGUGCAACAAUUAUUGGCUGUUCUCUUAUUGGAAGUGUACUUCUUUUCAUACGGAUCAGCAUAAAAUCUUACCGACUCUUAUCCGUUUUGCAAUCUGUUCUUGAGAAAUGGCCAUCAACACGUCCAUGUUUGGGUAAUAAUAAUAUAAGAUUUAGAUCAGAUAGUAAUCAUACCAGCUCUAUCAAUGUUAUUGUUGAUGGCGAUAUGGUGUCUCAAUUUUUACGUUUGUCUCGACAUGAACAGCUUAAAAUUAUUGAGCACAACCCGGAAUUAAUUAAGGCUGGAUCAACUUUUAUUCUUGGAGAUAAAUUUGAGUCGUAUGAAUAUGAGAAACAAAUUAGAGAUACUUUAGAAUAUCAUGAGGAUAUGGAUGAUCAACCCAUGACUCCAGAGAAUGAAGAUGACGAUAUAUAUAUGGAGGACGAUCAUGAUUCUGACGAUUCUUUAGAGAUAAUCGGAGAAACGAAGUUUUAUAGAGACAAUGUUAGACCGGUCUCUGUAGAAGAAAUAGCGGAGGCCUUGCAACUUGUAUUGUUAGAGUUAAAUAUGCAUGUUUCAUGA